GCCGUCGCUUAUCACCCUUUCCGCUACCCACUCUUCACAUCCUACUCCGGUGAGUCCCCCUGUCCUUAUCUUUACAUCGCACACAUACUGAUCUUUUCCUUUCUUUCACUUCACUGUCUUCUAAAAAUGGCUUCAAACCCUACCUCCCCUAAUCACUCUUCUUCCUCCUCCGAAAGCGACCCUGACUCCACCGCUGCCGGCGGCCUCCGUUUAGAGGUUCCGGAGAUCCCAGCUCACCGACUAAAAACCUACGCCACUCUGCCCCUUCCAGUCCAAGUAGCCCCCAAACACGAGGCUAUAGAUCAACCUUCCAUCUUCCAAGACAGCGAUCCCAUUGUGCAAUUCGUGAACUCCCUGGGUGGCUUGUCCAAUGACGAUGAGUUUAACCUCAAACUCAGGAUCUGGGUUUGCAGUCCCGGGGAUCGCCCCUGGCUUCACAAGCCAGACGGCGACGUAAAGAGAUCCCAUUUCUUCUUUGCGUACGAAUACAUGUUUAGCGAGCUUGGAAUCAGGCUUCCUUUCUCGCCCUUUGUCCAAACCGUCCUCCGCGACAUCAACGCGGCUCCCUGUCAACUCCACCCUAACGCCUGGGCUUUCAUUCGAUGUUUUGAAAUCCUAAGCGCCGCUGUCGGCAUCGCCCCAUCCCCCACCAGUUUCUUCUACCUUUACGACGUCGACUCCAAGUCCAUCAAAAACAAAGGAUGGAUUUCCUUGAAGGCCCGAGCCGGCCGGAAGUGUUUGCAUCCUCACAAAAGUAACGCGAAGUCCUCCUUCGCACGAAAGUACUUCCGUGUGGCGGUUCAUCCCGCCUACCCAGAGGCAUUCACCCUCAGAGACGGGACCGCCCUCUUUCCUCUUUAUUGGACGGAGAAGCCCAACGGGAUCACCGAUCCUUCAGAGGAAUCCUUGUCCGCCAACGAUAAAGCCUUUCUUGAUCUCCUUGCCCCACUUCCCAUCCUUGACUGCACAACAGUCCUUGAGGGCGCUGACCUCUCAAGAACUCCCAAAUACUUAGAAGAUAUGAAUUUCACGAACGCCGAGCUCCUGAAGGCCCGUGAGAGGAGAAUGGCUCGCUUUUCCCCAAAAUUCAACACUGAGGGCGACGCGAAAAAACGGGGCGGUGCUGAGAACCAAGCCGAGAGCACCAAAGCUCCCAAGAGGAGAAGAUUGACCAAAAUCUCCUCCGGCGCCGGCACAUCCAACCCUGGCGCUCAGCCCACCACUGCUGCUGCGCCUAAAGGCAAAAAUGUCGCUGAAGCCUCCAUCGCCGCAACUACCGAGCCAACCGCCGUACCAGCUUCUACUCCUGCCUCCGCCGGUGCGACCGCUGCUGUUGCCGCUGAGUCCUCUGUUGGCGCCACAGCCGCCUCCGCCGGCGUUAACGCCACAAAAGCUGCUGCGUCUUCCGACACUCCUAUUGGAGAGAAGGAAAAAGAAAAUGAAACCCCAAAGUCUCCCCCUCACCAAGAGGCGCCUCCUAGCCCGCCCCCAACACGUGAUGCGGGCUCCAUGCCUUCCCCGCCUCAUCAAGGGGAAAAAUCCUGUCCUGGCGCUGCCACUACCUCUGAAGCGGCUCAAAUUGAACAAGCCCCUGCUCCCGAGGUCGGUUCUUCAAGCUAUUAUAAUAUGCUCCCCAACGCCAUUGAACCCUCAGAAUUCUUACUUGCUGGUCUCAACCGUGACGUCAUAGAAAAAGAAGUUUUGAGUCGGGGCCUGAAUGAUACCAAGGAGGAGACUCUUGCUUGCCUCCUACGCGCUGGGUGCAUCUUUGCUCACACGUUUGAGAAGUUCAAUGCCGCCAACGUUGAAGCUGAGCGGUUGAAGGCCGAAAGUGCUAAGCAUCAAGAAGCCGCCGCUGCUUGGGAAAAGCGUUUCGACAAACUAGCGACGCAGGCAGGAAAAGACAAAGUCUAUGCCGACAAGAUGAUUGGCACGGCGGGGAUUAAAAUCGGCGAGCUGGAGGAUCAGCUGGCGCUGAUGAAGGAAGAAGCAGAUGAGCUUGAUGCAAGCCUUCAAGCUUGCAAGAAGGAGAAAGAGCAAGCUGAGAAGGACUUGAUCGCCCGAGGCGAGGCGCUGAUUGCUAAGGAGUCAGAGCUUGCCGCUCUGUGCGCUGAGCUGGAGUUAGUGAAAAAAGCGUUGGCGGAGCAAGAGAAAAAGUCUGCGGAGUCCUUGGCCUUGGCGAAAUCUGACAUGGAGGCGGUGAUGCAGGCUACGUCCGAGGAGAUCAAGAAAGCGACCGAAACCCACGCCGAGGCCCUCGCCACGAAAGAUGCUGAGAUUGCUUCCCAACUAGCAAAGAUCAAAAGUCUAGAGGACGAGCUGGCGACUGAGAAGGCCAAAGCCAUUGAGGCGAGGGAACAAGCCGCUGACAUCGCCCUUGACAACCGCGAGCGCGGUUUCUACCUCGCCAAAGAUCAGGCCCAACAUUUGUACCCGAACUUUGACUUUAGCGUCAUGGGAGUAAUGAAAGAGAUAACCACCGCAGGACUGGUUGGUCCCGACGAUCCUCCCCUGAUUGACCAAAACCUCUGGACAGCGACUGAAGAAGAAGAGGAAGAAGAAGAACAGGAGAAAGAAAACAAUGAAUAAUGUAAUUUUAACAUUACUUUAGCUUUUACUGUCACCUUGUAGUGUACUUUUCCGCCAUUCGUCUAUGUUUAAGCAACCCUUCG